GUGAGCGGGGAGCAUUCUCGCUGGCAGCCUGGGCCCUGGGCAGUUGGAAGCCGCCGCCGAGCAGCCAGCCUCCUGGAAAGAGCUCGCCUCUGUCCCCAGAGCCGCCAGCCGAGGCCAGCUUGGCGGCGCUGCCCCCGCGGCAGGAGAGGGAGGCUGCAGGAGAGGAGGCGGCGAGCGAGCGCGGCAGCUGGCCCGCCUGCGGCGCAGCCCCGGAGCCACGCGAGCUCCGCGCCCGCCCGCACGCACGCACGACCCGCGGCUCGCGCCUCUCCUCGCCUCGGGGCGCCCGGCCAGGGCUGCAGCGGCCGCCGAGGAGCAGCAUGAAUCUGCGGCGCUGCGUGCAGGCGCUCCUGCUGCUCUGGCUCUCUCUGACCGCGGCGUGUGGAGGGCCGCUGCUGCAGCCUUCUGACGGCAAGGCGCUGGAGGAAGGCAAUAUCCGCCACCUGGUGCAGCCCAGAGGCUCGAGAAACGGACCGGGGCCCUGGCAGGGCGGUCGGAAGAAAUUUCGCCGUCAGCGGCCACGCCUCUCCCAUAAGGGCCCCAUGCCUUUCUGAAGCAGGAUGGAAGGGGCCCCCGAGUCGCCGCCUCCUGCAACUCUGGCUACUCCAUAGAUUGGUUUGCUUCUCUGGAGCCCUCACUUCCACUCGCCUCUCUUGUCGCACCUGUCCUCGCUGCUGAUGGUCCUAGCUCUUCUCACCCACCGGCUUCCCCAAAGGCACAGUCCUGCCUCAGCGAUGAUUCCCUUUGUCUCCCACGGAUCCGUUCAGCCCCUCUUCCUGGCCCUUCACUGGACUGACUUUGGAGACCAGGCUUCCCCUUUCUCUGGUCCCCGCCUCUCUCCCAUCCAGCAGCCCAAGCUCCGCCCAUAACCCUUCCUGCCUCCUGUGUGCCUGGGAAGGGGGGGUGGUACUGUGGGGGUUGGGAGGCCACCGCCUUCUUCAAUGGGCUCCUGCCAGUCCCAGGCUUUGGAGUCCCAUUGGCCCCUCACCCAGAGGUGCCGGUUGGAAGGGCUGAGGCAUUGCGACGCAGACGGGGUGCUUAGGGGGACAUUGCAAUGGGGCUCGGUCCUCUGGCAAAAGGGAGAGGGGAAAAGCUUUGGGGAGGAGGAAGACUAGCUGCUGUGGCCAUUUCCCCGGGCCGUGUUUGGCUUAAGGAAGAAACAAAGGAGAGGGGCUGUGAAGUACCUUGUCACCUCUGUCACCUUUUUUUGUCUCCUAACACUGCCCCCCACCCCACCUCCCAACUCCCUCCCUCCCUUGUCCGCUAGUUCAAGCUCUCUCGCUCAGGAGCUAAAGCCAAGCAGGGGUGUUUUUUGCCAAGAAUCACAGAAUGUCAGAGCCAAAAGGAACCUUGGCGAUCACUUUGCUCAGACCCCUUAUGCAAACUCCUGCGAAAGCAGGCCUGGAGAGGGUCGGUGAUCUAUUCAGGGUCACAGCUGAGCCAGAAUGAGGACCCAGGUCUCCCUGCUCCCACUUGAUGAUGUCCUCUUCCCUCUUGAUGAUAUCUUUUCGCAACACAUUAAGUGCCUUUCUUGGGGUUGGGGCGGGCGGGGCUGAGAAGGAGGGGCAGCCAUGAACUGCCCGGUUGUGGGGGGGACCCAGCUGCUCCUGCCUCCCCACUCUGCCCCUGCCUGUCCUUCCCCAACCUGAGUUGCAAAGGUCCGGUCACUGGCCAGCUGCCCCACCUGCUGCACUUCCAGAGCCUUGGUAUUCUCAUAGGGGCCACCCAGGUACUGAGGCUUUCAUUCCAACCCCUACUGACACUGAUUUCUGGGAGCCAGCAGGGAGCCUUAAUUGGCCUUCCCUUUGCAUUGACUGGACCUUCUUUCCCAGUGGCCUUUCCUCCGGGGAGGGAAGAAGGAAGGAAGGAAGGAAGGAAGGAAGGAAGGAAGGAAGGAAGGAAGGAAGGAAAAAAAGAGGGAGGAAGUAUAGGUCUGAGCAGGUUGCCUUCUCAGAGACCUCCCAGGAGGGAGGAAAGGGGAGACAAGAGCCUGAUGGCCAUCUAUGUAUGUGUGGGGACGGGGGAGUCAGGGCCCUCCGAGUCCCACAAUAACCCCGACGUUGCCUAACUGCCUCUCCCCCUCACCUCUGCUGCUGCUAACGCUGCUGCUGCUGCUGCUACUGCUGCUGCUUCCAGGCCCACCCUGAGGAGCCAGCUGGGCACCUGCUUCCCCCACACCCCGUGGUCUGGAUGUGGGGACUGGCCAGGGUCCAGAAAGCCUCUUCUGUCACUGAUGCCCCCACCAGGGACUGGGCCUUCUUUCCCCUCCUCCUCUCUGCGUCUCCUGCCUCAUCAGCUGCCAGGCCCCCUGGGGAAAGGGGGUAAGCUGGUAAAGUCCAGAGACACAGGGCAGAAGGGGGCAGUGGGGGGGAGCUGGGGGCCUGUCUUAUUUAAAAUGGUUGUGUAUGAUUCUUAUACUAAUUUAUACAAAGAUAUUAAGGCCCUUUUCAUUCAGAAAUUGUCCCCUUCCCAUAAUUGUGUUCACUGUGUUUGUAAAGAUUGUUCUGUGUAAAUAUGUCUUUAUAAUAAAGAGUUAAAAGCUGACAAUUCACCCUUUCUCUUGGAGGUCAUGUUCAGGAGGGGCAUUCCUGUCCCCUGAGGCCCAUGGUUGUCCCCAUGCCCACAUAUUGCACUUGCACGGAGGUAAGUGCCUACAUCCCAAAUCGAUUCCAGGUCAAAUGGCCUCGAACCAAUUUGCCACAAACUCGUAAAAGGAAUCUCUGCACUUAAUGACUGGUCCACAUAACACUCAGCCUGCUUUUAAGUGUUUUGGUAUCUGGGUGUCCUUCCCCGCCCCCCUUCAAUGUCAUUUAAAGCUUUUUACGAAGCAAUUGAUUUAAGGACAUUCUGGUUAAAGGUGGGAUUCCUACUAAAAUUUGUUUUAUAUCCUUGGUGGGUGUCUUCUAAUUUUAUCUACUUCUGAACACUUUCGGGACUUUUUAGCCAGUUUGCCUUUUUCGAAAAUCAUUGUUUCCUGCAAUAAGUACACUUGGUAAUGACUUUGUAUGUAUCAUUUUAUGUUUCACAAUAUAGAGCUGCUUGAUGAAUGAGAAAGUCUGAAAAAUAAAACGCAAGGAGUUCAAUACAA